UCCCAAAUAAACAAAGCUUGGCGCGUUGCUGGCUCCCGCCUCGCUCGACGUCUCCGAGGAGCAGCGCGCAGCGCAGCGGCUCGCCGCCCAUUUCUUUAUCCGCGCGUGGCGCCAGCCGGCCGGUCACCAAUCCACCCAUCGCCGCGACGUGGUUUCCCAUGCGGUUGCCGCCUCGGGCGCCGCUGCAUUCGCGGGAGAGGGGAUGGGGCUCGUCGGUGGCCUCCUCGGCUUCGGCGUCGGCCUCCCCAUCGGCGUCGCCGUCGCCUACCUCGUCUACCUCCGCUUCUUCGCACCUCGCCGCCUCCAGGACCCUGUUGUUAUUAGACCACUACGCGACUUGGAUUCUGAGACAUUACAGACAACUAUGCCAGAUAUUCCAUUAUGGGUGAAGAGUCCAGAUUAUGAACGGGUUGAUUGGAUUAACAAAUUUAUUUUUGAUAUGUGGCCCUUCCUUGAUAAGGCAAUCUGCAACACAAUAAGAAGUGCAACCAGACCAACAUUUGAUCAAUAUGUUGGACAAUAUGGAAUAGAAUCAAUUGAAUUUGGGCAUUUAACACUUGGGGCUCUUCCUCCUACUCUCCAAGGAAUUAAAGUUUAUGGAAUGCAAGAAAAAGAGCUGGUAAUUGAACCUGUGAUUCGGUGGGCUAGCAUAGCAAAUGUAAUUGUGAAAGUGAAGGUGCAUUCUCUCCAAGUGUCGGCCCAGCUUUUAGAUUUGCAUAUAAUGCUGACACCACGUGUGACUCUGAAGCCUCUUGUGCCAAGCUUUCCUUGCUUUGCAAACUUGUGUGUUUCACUGAUGGAGAAGCCACGUGUUGACUUCGGAUUCAAAUUGUUGGGUGGAGAUGUCAUGGCAAUACCUGGUUUGCAUCGGUUUGUCCAGGAGAAAAUAUCAAAGCAAAUAGCAAAUUUGUAUCACUGGCCUAAGCUUAUACAAAUUCCUAUUUUAGAUGAAGCAAGUGGUGCUACCAAGAAACCAGUUGGAAUAUUACAUGUAAAGGUAAUCCGAGCUAUGAAUCUGCUCAAGAUGGACCUGCUUGGAAAAUCUGAUCCCUAUGUCAAGCUCCGCCUUAGCGGCGAGAAACUGCCCUCAAAGAAGACAUCUAUUAAGAUGAGCAACCUGAAUCCCGAGUGGAAUGAAAUCUUCAGAUUUGUGGUCAAGGAUCCUGAAACGCAAAUCCUUGAGCUCCGGAUGUUUGAUUGGGAAAAGGUUAAAAUGCAUGAUAAACUGGGAAUGCAAGUGAUUCCCCUCCGCUUGCUUACUCCAUAUGAGAGCAAAGUAUUCACGCUGGACCUUCUGAAAAGCAUGGACCCAAAUGAUCCUCAUAACAAGAAGGACAGAGGAAAGCUUGUCGUCGAGUUGACGUUUGAUCUCUUCAGAGAUGCCAAUAACAGUACCAUUGUGAUGUCAGAUGGUGAAGGCAAUGUCAAUGUAAAAAGGGACGCCCCACCCAGUGGAGGGUUGCUGUUGGUUUCAGUAGAGAAUGCAGAAGAUGUCGAAGGAAAGCGUCACACUAAUCCAUACGCUGUGGUUCUUUUCAGGGGAGAAAGAAAGGAAACGAAGAUUAUCAAGAAAACAAGAGAUCCAAGAUGGAACGAAGAGUUUCAGUUCAUGGUGGAGGAGGCUCCAGUGGAUGAUAAGAUCCACAUCGAAGUAAGAAGCAAACGCCGUGGACUCUCCUUCCACAAUAAGGAGUCACUGGGACAUGUUGAUAUAAACCUAGUGGACGUUGUGAACAACGGACGGAUCAACGAAAAAUACCAUCUGAUCAACUCGAGGAACGGGACGGUACACGUCGAGAUGAAAUGGAGCACUGUAUGAUAUGAUCAUUCAGUUUUCUGAAGAGAUUGUAUGUAUGAUUCUGUUGCUGUACAUAACAAUAUACAGUCACUGUGCCAAUAUGCUGCCAUACUCCGUGUGGGCCAUGUAUGUUGUAACUUUAGCCCCUCCUACUACAAUCUUCUCAUGUCCUCUUCUCUCUGUGAUCGGUCCAUUUUUUUUGGGCGCUUUUAGCGUGCUGUAACGUCAAUGAUAUGAUCACUUGUUUGUAAAGUCACGCGGCAAUGCAUUGAUCUUACUCCC